AUGGUUGAUCUCAGGUGCCAAGUGUUGAUCGGUGUGCUAGGACUGUGUUCGGUGGUGACAUUCGUGCAGGCCCAGAUCCCUGCUUUGGGAGCAUGUCCUGUGCACUGUCCGAUCGAGAAAUUUAAUCGUACCAAAUUCCUGGGAACGUGGUACGAAGCCGAACGGUACUUCACCGUAAGUGAAGUGGCUACGAAGUGUGUUUCGGCAACGUACGAGUUGCAGUCGGAUGAUAAAAUCGUCGUUAAGAAUGCGCUUACCAAUUCUUUUAACAACGUAGAGCGAACCAUUUCCGGAAUUUUAGCUCCACCGGGACGAGCUGGGGACGGACAAUAUACGAUCAUGUAUCAGUCGUUUUCGGUGAAUUACAAUGCGUCCGUUUUGGUUCUGGGAACUGAUUACACCACCUACGCAGUGCUCUAUUCUUGCAGUAACGUCGGUCCCUUUGGGCAUACCGUGUCGGCCUGGCUGAUGACCCGCGAGCGAGUCCCGCAAGCUAAAACCAUGUUCCGUGCUUACGAAGUGCUGAAUAAAUUUGGCAUCAGUCGUACGUUCUUCGUCAAAACCAAUCAGGUGGAUUGUAUCAUCGUUCCGAGUAAUAUCGAUGCGCUGGAUGCAACUCGUAGCGGUCCGUUCCCACUUUUGGCUGCUGCUCGCGGUGGUAUGUCCAGUAUGGAAGCUUUGAGUCAGUUGCGAAAGGAUAUUUUUGCCACACCAAACAUUGAACUGCAACCGUAUGUUGUAGAAGUAAAGCAUGAGAAAUGA